AUGUCGAACAUCACGACGCCCAGUCCAUCUCGGCAUUUAAAGCUGAAACCGAAAGAAGCAUUGGCGCACGGGCAUGCUAAUGAAGAGUUAAUUGCCAAGUGGUUCCAUGUGCGGCCCUUGCACAGUGAUCGUGUCUUGUGCACUAACCAUGGCGUGACCAGAGUCCACUAUCUGGGUAUCCACGAAGUGGAGUGGAACUAUGCUCCCCUGGGGAAGAAUGCAGUCACAGGGCAAGACAUCGCCAAGGACGUGGCAGCCUCCCGUUUCCUCCAGCCCGGAAAGGACAGAAUAGGCCGCAUCUACAAGAAAGCUGUCUACAAGCAGUACUUGGAUUCCAGCUAUAAGUUCGAAGUACCCAAACCAGCCUGGCUGGGAUUCCUUGGGCCCAUCCUAAGAGCCGAAGUGGGUGACACCCUCGUCGUGCACCUGAAAAAUUUUGCCCGGCGGCCGUUCACCAUCCAUCCACACGGCGUCUUCUAUGAGAAGGACUCGGAAGGGUCCCUGUAUCCAGACAAGACCUCGCAGGACCUUAAGAAGGAUGACGCCGUCCCACCAGGCGAGAGCCACGUGUAUACGUGGACUGUUCCCAAGGACCACGGCCCCACUGCGGAUGACCCAGCCUGUCUGACGUGGAUCUAUCAUUCCCACGUCAAUGCGCCAAAGGAUAUUGCCUCGGGCUUAAUUGGGCCACUGCUGAUAUGCAAAGAAGGAACCCUGAAAAGCCUUUCUCAAAGCCGCCAUGACAUGGAUCUCGAUUUCUUUUUGAUGUUCAGCGUGACUGACGAGAAUGAAAGCUGGUACCUCGAGGAGAACGUUGCCAGCUUCUGCAAAGAGCCGGACUCUGUUGAUGUGGAGGACGAGGCAUUCAAGGAGAGCAACAGGAUGCACGGAAUUAAUGGUUUUGUGUUUGGGAACCUACCUGAGAUGACCAUGUGUGCCGGGGAUCAUGUAUCGUGGCACCUCUUUGGGAUGGGCAAUGAGAUUGACGUCCACACGGCCUUCUUCCACGGACAGACCCUCAUCAUCCGAGGCCACAGAAGCGACGUGGCCAGCGUCUUCCCCGCAACUUUCGUGGCAGCCGAAAUGAUCCCGCACAACAUUGGGAAGUGGCUGCUGAGUUGCGAGGUCCAUGAUCACCUGCAAGCGGGGAUGGAGGCGCUGUACCGAGUCAAGAACUGCUCCUAUCAAAACCCGGAGCCUGCCCUGAAAGGGAAGCUUCGGAAAUAUUACAUAGCAGCAAAGGAUAUCCAGUGGAAUUAUGGACCCACGGGACUCGACCAGAGCACUGGGAAAAGCCUGCAGGAGCCAAACAGUUUUUCUGAGCAGUUUUUUAAGAAGAGUUCUGUUCGGAUUGGGGGAACAUACUGGAAAGCAAAAUAUGUUGAAUAUACAGAUGAAACUUUUCGGGUGGAGAAAGAUCAGGUGGAAGAAGAGAAACAUCUUGGGAUACUUGUGAUCAAGGCUGAAGUGGGAGACAGCAUCCAGGUCACGUUUGCAAACAAAGCGUCUUGGCCAUUCAGCAUCCAGCCCCACGGGGUGCUUUAUCGGAAGGAGUGGGAAGGAACGCCGUACCACGACGGAUCGUCCAGGAGUGGAGCGGUUGUCCAUCCUCGGGAGAGCUUCACGUACCACUGGAUGGUACCGCAGCACGUUGGGCCAACAGCCACGGACCCGCCUUGCCUGACGUGGAUGUACUCUUCCGCGGUGGAUCCCACCCAAGACACCAAUUCUGGCCUGGUGGGCCCCUUGCUCGUCUGUCGGCCUGGAACCCUCAACGAAAGAAACCAGCAGAAAGGUGUUGACAAGGAAUUUUAUCUCUUGUUCAAUGUGUUUAAUGAAAACCUAAGCCGGUAUCUGCAGGCAAAUUUGAAUUAUUUGAAAUACUCCUCAAGGCAAGGUGAUACAUUUGAGGAUCAAGCCUUCAAGGAAUCCAACAGGAGACACGCCAUUAAUGGAUUCAUGUUCAGCAACUUGCCCCUUCCGGAUGUGUGCCAGGGCGAAACUGUUUCCUGGCACCUCCUGGGCCUUGGCAGCGAGGCCGACAUCCAUGGAGUUGCUUUCCAGGGAAAUACCGUCUUGAUGAAUGGGAUGAGACGAAGUGGGACUCAUCUCUUUCCGCACACCUUCGCCACAGCCCUGAUGCAACCAGAUCACGAAGGGACCUUUGAGGUGUAUUGUCAGACCGGAAACCACUACCAGUCCGGGAUGAGGGGCCUUUUCUCGGUGCGCCAGUGUGGGAGGAAGGGGGCCCGGCUGCACGGCCAACGCUAUGAGCGGGUGAGGACCUUCUACGUCAUGGCAGAGGAGGUGGACUGGGACUACUCUCCGGGUCGCAGCUGGGAGCUGGAAAGGUACAACAGCUCCGCAGAGGACAGCUAUGGCGAAGUGUUUCUCAGUGGUGAGAAUGGACUCCUCGGCUCCCGCUACAAGAAAGCUGUUUACCGGGAAUAUACUGAUGGGACAUUCAGGACCCGGAAGAGCAGGAUCAAUGGCGAGGAGCACCUUGGGAUCCUGGGUCCCUUUCUUUGGGCGGAAGUGGGGGAUGUCCUGAACAUUGUGUUUCGGAACAAUGCUACCCGGCCUUAUUCCAUUCAUGCCCAUGGAGUGAUGGAGAAGAGCAAGGGUGCGCCCGAAGCAGCGAUGCCUGGUGAAAUUGUAACAUAUCGGUGGGAUGUCCCUGAAAGAUCUGGUCCGGGACCAAAUGAUUCUGCCUGCGUGUCUUGGAUCUACUACUCCAGAGUGGACCCUGUGAAGGAUCUGUUUAGUGGCCUCGUCGGUCCCCUGAAAGUCUGCCGGAAGGGAACCCUGGAUUUUGAUGGGAGAAGGAAAGGCGUAAGCAGGGAGUUUGCACUCCUCUUCCUGGUUUUUGAUGAAAACCAGUCCUGGUACCUGGAGGAGAAUGUGAAAAAAUAUGCAGAAGGGAAUUGGAACCAUUCCCGUCGCCAGGAUGAAGAAUUUGUGGAAAGCAACAAAAUGCACGCCAUCAAUGGUAAACUGUAUGCAAACCUGCCCGGGCUGACAAUGCAUGAAGGAGACUUGGUGAACUGGUAUCUGCUGGGAAUGGGCCAGGAGAUUGACAUGCACACGGUUCAUUUCCAUGCUGAGACAUUCAUAUACCAGAAUGGCAAGAGCUACAGGGCAGAUGUGGCGGACCUCUUCCCAGGCACCUUUGAAAUGGUGGAGAUGCUGGCCAGCAAUCCCGGCACGUGGCUGCUCCACUGCCACGUGGCUGACCACAUCCACGCUGGCAUGGAGGCGCUUUUCACCAUCCUACCCAGAGCAGGAAAGGGGACCACUGACGAGAUAAUGCUUUUGAACAACAGUCCUGGCACAGUGGUGGGGAUUGUGCUGUUUCUCACGGCCAGCACCCUCCUGGGUGUGCUCAUUCACCUCCAGAGGCAAAGGAGGCUGCGACGCAACAGGAGGUCCAUUCUGGACGAAAGCUUCAAGCUCAUGUCCAUGAAGAAGCAUGAGUUUUAG